CUCUCUCCUCUCUUUUGUUACUUUCAUUCAUUCCUUCAUUCAAAGAAAACACAAAAGGGAAAACCCUAGCUAGCCUCCAUCGCCGCCGAACGGAGUGACCCAUUGCCGCCCUCCGUGGCUGUCCGAGGAGUCUCUCUUUGUACUGUCGGCGUUAUCCAAGUCAAAUCCCCUGUUCGAUGUCUUCUUCCUCGCUCGGCGCCCAUCCUCCAUUGGAUUCGUCCUGUUGCCAUCGUCUCGUCACCAUUGUCUCGAAGAUUACAUAGAAGAAAACCAAUUACUUGAAACACUUGCACACAAACAUGCCCAGAAAAAACAACUGCAACAUUGAACAAAGUGUUCUAAUAUUGAGCAGGAUUGGCCAAGUCGUAACCCUCAAUAGCCUUGAAGAGAGCUUCACCCUUGGCCUUAUCCUUCUUCAUGUCUUCCUUGUCAGGCUUCGCAUCUCCUUUGGAGUGGAACUUCACACUCAGCUUCCCAAUGGAUUCUCCGUUGGGUCCUUCUACCAACAACGCUGUAGUUGUAUGCAUAGUUAGCCUCAUCUAUUGCCUCCACUUUGUGCAAUAUAAACUUGCUUUCUCCAUCUGCAUAUAUAUCAUUAUUAUCACAAUUCACAACUAUGAUUAUCUCAUAUAUAGUAUGUUUACUGAAUUGAAUAGUUACUGACCCUCGACAAUGGUGAGUUUCUUGAUGGUUCCAGGACCACCGUUUCCCUCAACGAUUUCAACACUCUUGAUGUCAUCAAUAAUCUUAGGGGUGAUAGAAUCCGCAUCCUUCAUAGCAUUGUAAAGUUUGGCAGGGGGGCACGCGGGAGGUGAUUGCAUCCUCAAAUGUGAAGACGGCCAUGAUUGUGAAUUAAGAAGCUAAGGGAAGGAAUCAAAGGAAUGAGAAGUAGAUGGUAAUAGACUAGAGUUCUUGGAUGAUGGUAGCAAAGCCUCUGUGGCAUUCUCACAUACACCUCGUUAAGCAAACACUCGCCGCUAUAAUCAAAGACCUUCCCUUACAUGCUCAUCGACCUCCUUCCCCCUCUCCCUCGUGGACAGAAGAUGCUGUUUCACAAGUGAUUCGGUUCAUCCCCUCAUGCUUCUUUAGGUCCCCUCGCUCGAUUGGCUGCCAAACCAGUUUCCGACACCGCACUCCUCUCCGACAGCGCAACCUCAAUGAAGAACAACGAAAGUUCCACCACAAACUCCUUGUGCUUGGCCCUGCUGCACACAGGGACCCCGGCAGGGUCAACCUUGGUCUUCACAAAGCCCUCCAGUUCUUCCGAUGGGUCGAGACUCACUUUGGGUUCCACCACACUGAGGUCACGUGUCGCGAGAUGGCAAUUGUGUUGGCCAGAGCAGAUAGAUUCACUGCUCUUUGGGAUUUCUUGAAAGAGAUGUCUGGAAAAGAGAGUUCCAAGCUUGUGACCACAGAGACCGUUACGUGUUUGAUAAAAGUCCUAGGAGAAGUAGGGCUGGCUAAUGAAGCAUUGUUUGCAUUUUAUAGGAUGAGGCAGCUUCACUGCAGACCGGACAUUUAUGCUUACAAUACAUUAAUCAAUGCGCUUUGUAGGGUUGGGAAUUUCAGGAAGGCUAGGUUCUUUCUUGAGCAGAUGGAGUUGCCGGGGUUCCGGUGCCCACCGGAUACAUUUACUUAUACCAUUUUGAUAAGCUCUUAUUGUAGGCAUGCUAUACAAACCGGGUGCAAGAAGGCCACAAGGAGGAGGUUGUGGGAAGCGAAUCACCUUUUCCGACUCAUGCUCUUCAAGGGAUUUGUUCCUGAUGUUGUGACUUACAAUGCCUUAAUAGAUGGUUGCUGCAAGACCUAUCGCAUUGCGAGAGCAUUGGAGUUGUUUGAUGACAUGAAGAAGAAAGGAUGUGUCCCUAAUAGAGUUACUUAUAAUUCUUUAAUAAGAUACUUCAGUGCAGUGAAUGAGAUUGAUAGAGCUAUUGAGAUGUUAAGGGAUAUGCAGAGGUCGAAUCAUGGAGUACCCGGUUCGAGUUCAUACACACCUAUCAUUCAUGCCCUUUGUGAAGUUGGCAAGGUUCUUGAUGCUUGGAAUCUUCUUAUUGAGAUGGUUGAUGGAGGGUUAAUACCUAGAGAGUAUACAUAUGCAUUGGUUUGUGAUGCAGUUUGCAAAGCAGGUGAGAGUAGCUUGUUAGAGGAUGAAGUUCAUAAGAAAAUAAAAGAAGGUAUUAGGAAUAGAUACAGGCAAACAAUGAAAUUCAAACCCAUUAUAGGUCGCAAGGGGUAUCCUGAGAUAGAGGACAUUUGAAUAGUUUGUAAUUACAUUAUUUAUACCAAGGUUUGUUGGUAUUUUUUGUGUGCUAUCAUUGAAAAUUUAUUUCGUAGUUAACAACAGUUUAAACUUUAAAUAGUUGUUAUAAGUUGGAAUAUUUAUU